AUGACGACAUCCGCCCUGGUGGAUCGCACCUCCUACGAUAUCACCAAUGAAGUCUCUGAGGCACAAAAGCUCAGCGUCUCUGCUUGCGAUGUCAACAAGUUCGGCGACAGCGAUCUCAAGAAUGCAGGACCCCUGGCUACAGCCAAUAGUCUCCAGUGGCUAAAAACCUCCAUCUGUGACCUCUCAUUUUCGACCAAUGAUUCCGAAAAUGACGGCCUCAAAACAGUCACCGUGCCAAGUGUUGCCGUCAGAAGACAGACUCCCUUGCUGGUUAAUCCGCCUCGGCUUGCCCGACGGUUUGCUGACUGUGAACUGACAGGGGACUGCCAGGUCUCAGAGGCCUCCGAUGUGGAGGAGCUGAAGAAGGAAAUACGCCGGAAGUCACAAAGCGCGGCCCUGACCCCUCUGCCAGUGGAGGGUUCGGAGACCAACAGCGAGCUCAAGGGAGAUCAACAGAAGAAGGUACAUUUGGAGAGCAGACUCUGGAAGUUUAAGUUGUUUAGCCACUUGAAGAUAAGUUUAAAGAAAUCUCGCUCGAACACUGCCAAUGGACAUCCCGGUGAUAACGUAGAGAGAACGAACACGAAACUGCAGAUGGAAGAUGAUGAAAUGGAAGUGACGGAGACGGAACAGAUGACUGACGACCGACGUCCAGAUCCGGAUGAAUUGUCCACGAUAUCCGACUCUGCGGGAUCCAAACCGAAAACAACUAGGAGCACCUUGAACUUCCGUCCGAAGGCUGACAUAUUUCACCUACUCAACAACAUGAAGAAUCACCUGCUAGUGCGUCGUCCAUCCUUCUUUUCUGUUAGCGAGAGCUCCAUAGACAGCACCUGUACCUGA